CGCUGAUCUUUGUGUAUACGGAAAUACUAACCUACUACUACAGUAGCAUGUCAGUCAGGUCAAUAGGUCCAAUAGUCCAGUUCUAUAUGACACGCUCAAGAUCAGUGUCUGUCAAAGACGUCAAAGAGCUGGGUAUUGGCACUUGUUAAUGGUAACGGGGUGAGAACUGGAAUUGUUUGGGGACGCGGUGACUGAUGUUACCUUCCAAUGGCAGAUAACGAACUUGUGGAAAGUCACAGCAGUUGGUUUCGAGGUUGGCUGCAGUGGUCACCAACUUCUGUUACAAUGCUUCGAGCAGCUGAAAAAAAGAUCCUGUCAUGUUUAAAGUCUGCAUAUCGAGGGUGGUACGUAGACAUUGGACCUUUGGUGGGUCCUGCUGACAAGAUCUGGACCAUCUCUCUGAACCAGGAGUCUACCAAAACGCCUAUAUUACUUCUUCAUGGUUUGGGCUCAGGUGUUGCCCUCUGGUGCCUCAAUCUUGAUUCAUUUGCUGCCACAAGACCUGUAUAUGCAAUUGAUAUUCUCGGUUUUGGACGCAGCUCACGACCAACAUUUAGUCACGAUGCCUUGGUUGCAGAACGACAGUUAGUGAAUUCUAUAGAGGAAUGGAGACGGGAGAUCCAGUUGGACAAGAUAAUAUUACUAGGGCAUAGUUUAGGAGGUUUCCUUGCUUCGUCGUAUGCCAUCCAUUAUCCUGACAGGGUGAAGCAUCUCAUCUUGGCAGAUCCAUGGGGCUUUCCAGAGAGGCCAGCGGAUAUUGCCCAGAGAUACAGCGUGCCAUUAUGGGUCAGAGCUAUUGUUUAUGUUACACAGCCUUUCAAUCCAUUCUGGGCUGUGCGGGCAGCAGGACCAUUCGGCCAGUGGGUGAUUGAGAAAGCUCGUCCAGACAUCAUGAAGAAAUUUUCUUCUUUUGUGUCUGGCGAUGUGAAUGUUAUACCUCAGUACAUAUUCCAAUGUAAUGCCCAAAAUCCUACAGGUGAAGCUGCCUUCCGUGCCAUGGCAGCUAGUUUUGGAUGGGCCAAGCACCCUAUGAUUCAUCGAAUGGAUACCCUGCGAAAAGAUAUUCCUAUCACAGUACUGUAUGGUUCACGAUCAUGGGUUGACAAUGCGUCAGGAGAGUUGAUCCUUGAGAAGCGACCUGACUCAUAUGUUAAUGUUCAGGUAAUUACAGGAGCAGGACACCAUGUGUAUGCUGAUAAAGCAGAAACAUUCAAUCGCCAUGUGAUUGAGGCAUGUAUCUUAGCUGAUACAGGAGACACUAGGAAGAUACUUUCCAUGCAGACAAAAUCAUCAUCUCCAACUGAUGAACUGGAAGAGGAAACAUCAAACACAGAAUCAGAAGAAAACAUUUCAGCAACAAAUAGCACAAAUGCAAUUUCCCACCCUUUUCCACAACAGAAACCUUCCAGUUGAAUUUGUGUUGGUUGGCAGCCCCAUAGGCAUUUCAGGUUGGCCACCCCAUAAAUCAGGAAAUUACAUAAAUAGUGAAUGAA